AUGGAUUUAAAUGCUAUAAUAAAAGGUAAAGGAAGUUAUAAACUGGAACACCCUAAAGGAGCCAAACAAGGCGUGAUAAGCUGGUCACAAUAUGGACAGGACCAGGUCAUUGACAAAUUGCUGAAGAAAAAGAAAAAUGGAUUUUUUGUAGAAAUUGGAGGUUUUGAUGGCGAAGAUUUGUCCAAUACUUUGUUUUUUGAAAAAGUUCGAAAUUGGAAUGGCUUGCUUGUCGAAGCCAGUCCUUUCCUGUAUGAUAUGAUGUUGAAGAAAGACCGGAAGUGUUAUAUGGUGAAUGCAUGUGUAAGCAAAAGUCUGCCAGCAAUGACAUUUAUGUUAGCUGGUGCUAUUACAAGUGCAAAGGAAACACUAACAGAUAUGCAUCGUAAACGCAUAGACAGGGAGAGAAUUCAAUAUGCGAAAGAGGCGCACUGGGCUCACGUCAACGAUACCGUUAAAGUUAAUUGUUUUCCAUUGCUUACAAUAAUGAGAACAAUAGGGCACAAGGAUAUCGAUUACUUUUCUUUAGAUGUAGAAGGUGCAGAAAUGCACAUCUUAAAUUCUAUUGAAUGGGAUGAUCUAAAUAUAGACGUCUUUACGAUAGAAACAGAUCAACAUCGUAAUGAAAUACUCUCUUUUAUGAAACAAAAAGGAUAUAAAUGGAUACAAAAACUAUUAGGUGAUGACAUUUUUCAAAAAAUUAGGUAA